CAUCUCGUUAUUUGCCGGCGGCGGCUAACGUUGGCUACUUGGCCAUGACAUAUAUUCUGCUCCGAAGGUAUAUUGUUCGAGGCUAUGGACCCCCCCAUAAAUACUUGGAACUUUACAACCAUACCACGCCAACUUAUAGUCGACGAAGUGGAUCGCUCCUUUGUCGGGCUACCCAGCAAUCUCCCCUACGAUACCAACAUGACGUCUCCGAGCUCAACAACACACGUCAAUCAUGCGUUCACGACGCCUAUCCUUUCAAAUUCAAAUUCCCAGUUCCCUUUGUUCCGAGGCGCCAGCGCCAGCCACUCUAGUUCCCUUGAAAUGGGAACCAACUACUCUGGGCCCUCUUCACGUACUUGUGGAUCCCCGCCACAGAUCGACUUCCUUCAUUUUGCCAUCCCCCACCCAAACGCUCCACCUUCAGCUGCGGAGUCUUCGCAAUUGAUAUUCACAUCGCAUGCCACCAACCAGCCGUACCCAAUCCCGCUACAGAGCCAUCCCUCAUCUCUCCUCCAUCUGUCCUGUCGAUGGGUAAAUGAUGACAUACUCUGCGAAUUUACAGGGACACUGGAGGAGUUGAGGGCACACUGUCAAAGCGAUCAUUUUUCUGGACAAAAAGAUGCGAAGAUAGGAUGCCAGUGGGAUGGCUGCAACUACCGCAAGCGCGGCGACAGAACAGUUCAUGUCAUGCGACGUGAUUGCAUAUGGCGCCACACCCGUGAGGCCCACCUGAGGUUGAAGAGGGGUACCUAGGCUUACAUACCUGCUUUGCAUAUUCAUUUUGGUCUUAUUUUCGCAUUCCUUACGGUACACCACCGCUAGCCGUGCCAUGCUUUCUUGUGCUGUGUUAGAUCUGCUAUGGUCACUCGCUCUUUGCUUUUGUUCAUCAUUCGCCAUGGAUUCACUAAGUCUCACGUUUCAUAGCUUUUAAACGGUCCCUUACUAUGUUUUCUGGUCUACUUUAUAAUCGGGAGCAGUCGCUCGUUGCCUCAAUUCUUUGAUAUUAUAUCUGUCUGUCCGUGCUACCUGCUGGGCUUUCAUGUGGUCUGCACUUAGCAGUAUUGCGUCCGCAUUUGAAAAAAGAGAGACUUUACAC